CAUGGGCUCCUCUUGGUGGCGUGUUUCCAUCUGCUUUCAUCUACUUACCCAAUAAUAACGAUUUUCCAUCCCCUCUUGAUCUCCCUGAAAACUUUGCGACCGUGUAGUGAGCAUUGGAUGACGUCGCUAGACGCCGAAACUCGGAUGUGUGUGUGUGGUUUCUUCUGCGCUGUCGCCGACGAAACAUGGAAGGUUGUUAUCAAUAGCAUCAGUGGCAAGAGCAAAUCAUAAUUUUUAUCUGCCACCCUUUUUGUAUUUGUCAACAAAACUAGAAAAUUUUCAAUCUCUCUGACGCAUCCGAAAUUACAAGUUUUUUCAAAUUGACACGAUGCGAAUAUAACGAGUGUUGAGUGAAGGGGUGUGAAGAAACAUUUGAGACAGUUUCUUUUUUUGUCAUACCCAUCAGUUGCCUUUAUUCCAACGUAACAUCUCAACAUCAUUUAGCAGUGUGUAACACCGUUGUUUUUUAUUUUUCGUUUUUUUUUUACAAGAAUAUAAGGAGAAAUUUUGUGAAAUGGGUUCAAUAGUGUUGAGAUCGUUGUCGAUUCUUCUUGGAAUAUUCUUCGUAUUUGUGGGAACAAUCAAGGUUACUUCAUACCUUAGCAAGGAUCUUCACAAGGACUUGCGAAAAGAGUAUGUAAAGUAUGCCAAGGUGUUUCCACUCUCGGAGUUACUCAACUUCAAAGUACCGAGCAAAUGGUACAGACGGGUUGUUGGAUCAUUGGAGAUUAUUUGCGGAUUGGCAAUGGCCACUAUUCCAAAUCGGAGAGUGAAAAAUACAUCCAAUGCAAUUCUCUUAUUUCUCAUGCUGAUGGCCUUCUACUCGCAUUAUAGGCUUAACGAUAAGCUGGAAAGAACAGCACCUGCAUUGGUAUUUUUGUUCAUGCUGACUGGUAGACUAGUCAUCGACAUGCAGCUGAGUCGCCAGGCGAAUCAGACGGCAACGGCGAAUGGAAUUGAUGAAAAAGGGAAAAAGCAAGACUGAAAGAAACGACAUUGAAACAGAAAAUCCUUCCGACCUUAUAUGAUUUUUUGAAAUGGAUAUGAUCCAGCGAGCAACUGUCCCGAAGUUUUCUUCACUAGGCUCAUUCUUAUUGCUCAUUAAAUGAACAUACAUCGUCAGCAUAUGCCGGAUAAAGGGCAGAAUUUGACAUCUGUUUAUUGGGA